CAAUCUUUGUCAAUAUUGAUUGAUUGUCAAUUGUCAUUAUACCUGCUGUCAAUUGUCAUUCCUAAAAAUACAAGCGUAAUUCGUAAUUUCACAACGAUGCAUAUUUUAUUAUAAUUUUAACCGAUAUUGUGGUGUAUUUAUUUAAUAACAGUCUUAUGAUGGUAUUAUAACAUCGAAUUGUUUAUAGAAUAGUAGUUAAUUAGUCAUAGUGCGUGAAUUACAGUCAUGGAGGGAGCGACGGUACCAUUACAACUAGAGCCUGUGUUGCAGAAUGAUGUGUCUGACAAGAGACUGUGGAUUGGAAACCUCGAACCGAGAGUCAAUGAGUACCAAUUACUGAAAAUGGUCCGCGUCUACGGCAAUAUCGAGAAGUUCGACAUGCUGUUUCAUCGCAGUGGACCCAAUGCGGGACAGCCGCGGGGCUUUGCGUUCGUCACAUACAAGAUGAGGCAGGAUGCUAUCAAAGCCAUGAACUCACUCAAUGGUCAGAUGUUAGGCUCAAAACGUAUCUGCGUUAAGUUUGCAAAGAAUAUUUUGGAAGAACAAGAGAAGCCAAAACCAGAAUUAGGUAUUGCUGCCCUCGCCGGUGCCAAGCCAGAAAUCAAACUUAGCAAGAAAACCGCAAUACAGUCUAUUGAAGCAAAACUAAACAUGAUGGAAAGCAUGAACCCUGGUGAUGACUUUGUAGUGAAUAAGCUAGCGGCUCAUGAGACACCAGUAAUCACACAGUACCAGAAUAAACAGCAUCAGCCACCAAAUAAGUCUAUAAGUACCUUUAGGCGACGCCAUCCAUAUCACAAAAAAAGAUAGAUCAAGACUUUGUUUGUUAGUUUAUAAGUUGCACAGUAUUUGAAGAAUAUGGCUGAUUUAAAUUGGUCAAUUGCUGCUGCUUGGGAUCUUAGUUUCCAUCUUACGUAAUAUUAUCUAUAUUUCAGAAGAUACAAUUGCAUUUUAUUUAUAAUCAGAUCUUUGUUAUGGUGAUAUUAGAUAUGAGGGUCGACUCUAGAAAUCAUAUUAGGUCUGGUCCACUUCAUAAUGUGAGGAUAGCAAAAUUGUGCUAAAAACUAAAUAAGACGCUUUGUCUAGGACUGAAUUGGCUUGAUACAAUCUUAUAUUGACUAAUUUGAAUGAGCCAUUAGAUUAUAAGGAUUAUUGUAAGAUCUGUGCAGUGAGAUCGCGUUUAAAGUUCUAUUUGAGCUCUCUAGAUACUAAAGUACUAAAACAGUAAAUUUAAAAUAGUUGUGUAUAGUCAGCAACAAAAAUAGAUGAGCAAAUUCAAAACAAUGUUAUCUUGAUACAUUUUUUUUUAUUUAUUCUGAUUGUAAAUCCAUGGUAUUUUGUUUUUCAUAAAAAGUAUAAAAGCAAUUUGAAGUUUUUAUUGGAUCAGCUAUUUUUGUUGAUGAAUAUCUUAUGACAGCCAUGAUAACAUUUUAAAAUAUUAAAUGAUUCCAUUGUAGUUGAGCAAUUUUUCCCAAAGUAGCACUUUUACCAAAUAAUUCUGCAUGUUGUAAUACUUCCUUAUAGAAUGAAAUUAGUAAUAAGUAAAUAGAACUUUAGGCGUAAUUUUGUUGUAGUCAUGUGUUCAUUGUAAGUUGUAGUUAAUUGUGAAAUUAAAUAUGAUAG